ACAGAACAAGAAGAAGGAGAGCGUGACGUUCCAGCGUCCGUUGGGAAAGCGUUUGACAGCAGGGAAAACAGGCCGAAGUCGUUUAAAGUUGGUUGAAGAAGCGAGUCGUGUGUAAAAAGAGGGCGUGCACCUGCCAGAUUGAAGCGCGGCUAACGUGUGCUAGCUGGCCGGCCAUGUCGUCCCCCUCGUCUGCCUCCUCCAGGCGCCAGUGGUGCUACCUGUGCGACCUACCGAAGAUGCCCUGGACCGUGGUGUGGGACUUCAGCGAAGUGGUGUGUCGCGGCUGCGUGAACUACGAAGGGGCCAACCAGAUCGAGUUUCUCAUCGGGAGUGCGCGGCAGUUGAAGCGAACCCACGGGAUGCAGGACGGGAACGUCCGGUCCCCGGGUCCGUCCCCAAACAAGCACUCCCGGCUCGACCCUGCAGCUUCGGACGGAGGCAGAGCGCACAGCGAGCGCUUCGAGAGAGCAGGAAGAGGCGAAGGCGCCGGGGCUACGGUUCGUGUGCCGCCCAACGGGCUGCAUCGUGACGGCCAGCCGACCCCGGAGGUGAACCGGCAGAGUCCCAGCGGCAGGAGUAGACCCGUCCACGGAGCUGCCAUCCCUCCAAGCCUGGUGACUCAGAGCAUCGCAGGAAUUCCACCUGGGCUGCUUGCGGGGAUGCCAGCAGGGCUGACAGCCAGGACCGCCCCCAUGAGCAGCCCCAUGAUCUUCCCUGCUCCGGUGCUGGCCGAGAUGAGCCGCAGGCAGCUGGGCAUCGGGAUGGGGAUCGCCCCCUUCAUCACUCCAGAGCUGGAACGGGAGCUGAGUUCUUCCCAGCCCAAAACGCAGAGCCAGACUCACACUGUGGCAGGCAGUAGCUCCAGCAAAUCCACAGGCUUGCCAUCAUCCUCUGCCAUGGCCGGCGGCGUGAGCCAGACGAGCCCCAAGCCGGCCUCGUCUCCCGCCAGGCAACCACGACCCCUCGCCGCCCGGUCAGGAGGGGAGCCACUGGGGUCCAGCAGCUCUGCAGAGGCAGCCACAGCCGCUGCAGCUUUGCCCCACAGCGGUGCCUCUGAGCUGGGGUCAUCAUCUGCCAGUAACGCCCUCUCUGCAGGGAACACACUCUCUUGCACGCUGUGCCAUGAGAGGUUGGAGGACACACACUUUGUUCAGUGCCCAUCAGUGCCAGGACACAGGUUCUGCUUCCCGUGCACCAGAGUCUACAUUCAGAGCAAGCGGGGCGAUGGGGAAGUCUACUGUCCCAGCGGCGAGCGCUGUCCACUAGACAACUCCCCCAACAGCCCCCCAUGGGCCUUCAUGCAGGGAGAAGUCUCCACUAUUCUGGGUACCAGCGCGCCGGGAGGAGCGCCACCUGCCGCUCCCCCGGGCGCAGGAGGAGGUCCUGGACCCGGGCCUGGAGCUGGAGCAGGGACCAGCGCUGCCAAUGGAGCAGGAAGUGGAGACGUCACGGUCAAGAAGGAGAGAGAGACGUGAUGACUGGAGUGGAACCCAGGACAGCUUCAGACUAUCAGACGCCCGGAGCAGAUAUUUGCACUGGACCACUUUGAGAUCCUGAAAGAAGCAACUCAGUGAUUGACAGAUUUACAGAAACUCACCAGGUUAAAACACCUCUCAGCCCGACACCAUCCUUCAGUCUCGCCUUGUUUAAUUCGGUUGUCUUGAAACAUCCGCCACUGAAGUCCUGCGGUCACACCCGGACCUUACGGCCGGCGGGGUUGAAGUGUUCAGGUCACACUGCGGCACUUGGUUCAGUACCACCACGGCAAACCCAUUUAAUUGGCCGACUGAUGUGGACUCUUCAAUCUGACCGGAAGAAUUUGAAGUAGAAUGUACGUGCCAGAGUUUUUCUGUGUCGCUUCCUGAGGACGAAUGUUGCAGGCGCUAAACCAAUCGGAAGAAAAGCACAGUGAAGAUGAUCUCGCACCAUUUCUCAGCUAUGAGGUCCAAGCAGAGGUCUUUGUUUACAUGGACAGAAAAUAUGGACCUGGUUUUAGCAUAGAUGAAAAUGUGUGAGCCGUGAUUUUAACAUUUAUUCGGAUGUUUACGUCACCGUUCGGUGUUGUUUCGUCGAUUAUCCAUAAGGUGGCGCUGUUGUGCAAUACGUUAAAUCAGUUCUCGUUAGGUUAAAACCUCCCUUAAAACAUUUAACUUGAAUUUGAAUCUAAUUUGCGCUGGGCUUUGUCGUCCACUGGGUGGCUCUCUUGCACAGUUAUACUGUAAAUGAGCGAGUUGGUAGAUGAAUAAUAAACCAGCAAACCCACCAUAUAUCUCCUUUUAAGUUGUAGUCCAGCUGUUCAGUGAUAAGACUCGAGUGUUUUUUUCAUUUUGAAUGACAGGAGAGUGAGCUGGGAGAGUCCGAGGGCAAAUUGGCGACGUCAUUAACCAGCAGAUGGCGCUCUUGUCCAAUUAUUUUUGCAUCUGGUGACAGCAGUUUGGAGUACGUACAUGAAAGCGUCAUCAUCUGAAGACCGCUCUGAACUGCGCAGUGCCAGUGAAGUUGCACUCAAAUUUCAUCCAAACACAUUGAGAGUGUCGCCGUAAACCUGCAUCAGUAAGAGUAUAGGUUUUUCUGUCCAUGUAAGGAAAUGAUCCACAGUUUUAGUCCAAAUGGUAUUUUUGCUCUGCAAGUCUCAGCUCCACAAGUUUCUAAUGGUGUUGUGGGGGGCCGUGGCCUCCAGCGGCCGGCGUCAGAAUCUUGCAGCAUUGAACCCGACUGGCGCUGCAGGGUCCAGCCCGCGCCACACCCUGAAUGUAGAAAGACACACAAAUCUAAAAUAAGCCUAUAAGUAUAUUUUCUACUAGAAUGUUCCUUGUUGUAACUUCUGUAAAGAAAUAUGAUAGUGUGUAUGUGCAAUCUUUAGUCGCCGUUUAUACGCCGCAGAUGGACGCUCGCGUAUCCUUCUGUGUCUUCUGUUUCAUAACAAAGUGAGAAUCCACCUGAAAGCGAAGCGUUGACGACAAAUAUGUCGAGUAAUAUCCCAAAAAAAAUAUCCUGAAUAAUCCACCGUUGAGCAUCCUGUUGUUUAUUCGCGCAAACUUGUUUUCCCACUCUGUUUUCUGUUUAUAGUGUUGUUAUGGUAACAAGUGAUCAGUCGCUCAGGAAUACAAGCGUCACUCACGACUCGCGUACCAUUUGUUCGACCCCUGGAUGACCUUCAGUGACCCCAUGGCCCCCUGUCUAUCGCAGAAAGUAACGCUAAAGCUGGCCACUCCCACUCCGCAGUGGUCAGUGGUUUACAAUGCCACUCUAUCAGCUCCCACGCAGAUUGGCAGGUGGUCAUAAUGUCAUAAGGUUUUUGUCAUGACGUUGCAGCGCCGUGAUAGUUCCCGCCUUAACUACCAUCGCAAGUGAUGGAGCCCCAAAUCUGCGGCCGCUGUCACUUCCUGAGCGCUUUCUUCUGCAAGUGUUUGAAAUGUUCUUUUUCUUUCCAAAUAAAUGGAUGGCACUUUGGUUGUUCCA